AAGUGCUACACAUCAGCCGAUAUUGGCAUUAUAUGCCUAGAGUGGCAUACAGAGAAACUCUAUUUAACACAUAUUGGCGUUAUCGUCGCAUUGUUGACUUAGGGAGUGGUAUACCUCCCCUGAGAGUACCGGUGGAGACUACUAAUCACGUUACCGUAACCUCUUUACAUCAUAUUGAUGAACAAGUGAAUCGAAUUUACGAUUCAAGGGCAGUCCCUAGUUUCCUUGAAUCACUAGCAUCUAAAAUAUCGCAUACAAUAGAAACCAUAGUGGAUGGUCUACACAUACUACUAUGGAAGGGGAAACAUUUUAAAGGCUGCUUCCAACCAAGUAAGUGGAAGUGGUAUCACCGCCACGGCUACUGGGCCACCCGGAAAAAACUGUUAAAGUUUGACACCUACAGGCGUCACAGGUACCACGAGGUCCGAGGACCUGGUAAAAAGCCUCCCGGCAAAUAUGAUGACAAGUCUUUCUACAAGCCACUGAGGGACUCUAUUAAAUUCUGGUAGUACUGAAUAUAUUCAUUGUGUUGCG